AUAAUGGAAGGCACUCAUACUAUCCUCCAAUUGCACAGGCCCAUUAUGGAACUCUGUUACGUCAGCUUCUAUCUCCCAAAGGGAAAAGUCAGAGGAUUUACAUACAAGGGCUGUGUAACUCUAGACAAAUCCAAUAAACGUUUUCAUAACUGCUAUCAAGUAAGAGAAGGGUCAGAGACAGCAGAACCAAGAGAGAAACCUUAUGAAAAUGUUGGAGAUAUUUUUUUCAAGCAAACUACCACUAAAGAUAUUCUCACUGAGCUGUAUAAACUAACUGCUGAAAAAGAGAGGCUGUUAGCUAACCUACUCAGUUCACACAACAUUCUGGGUAUUAAAAUGGGAAAUCAGGAGGGGAAGCUACAGGAUGCUUCUGGAGGACUGAAAUUUAAAGAUGAUGAUCUCUUAAGUUUCAAGGAUCAGCAGGAAAUCUUUUUGGGAUCCACAGAUCAGAAACCCAGCUUGAGAAACAAAAAGAUGAGGAAAACUGGCAGAAGGAGAGAGAGCUUGGAGGAGUUCAUAAACAAGAAAAUGAAAAAGAAGAUUCACGGCAAUUUGGAACCUUCUGUGUUAAACAGGACAGAUAUGCAACUGGGAAAUAAAAGGACACUUCCCACCAAAUUUUCUGCUGGCAGCUCUCCUGGUUCCUGUUCCAAUUCUAAUUGGCAGACAGUAGAAGACCAGGAUGAUUUACCAUUUGACAUGAAUAUACCACCAGAAAGAUGGAGAAAAGAUGGGUAUUUUCUUGAGUGCAGUGGGACUUUGAAAUCAGAAACGGACCUGUCUGAUUCUCUAUCCGAAUAUGACAAUGAUGUGUAUGGAAGCUGUAUUACACAUCCCAGUGCUGGUCUAUUGCAUGAUGCAGAGGAUACUCUUAAAGUAAUGAAGGUGGAGCACAGCAGCCCUUUGUUAAACUCUUUCCAAGACAGUUUAUCUAACAGAUUUGAGGCCUUAAACAAGACUGCAGCAGCUGAAAGCCUGCAUGGUUAUGAGUAUACUGAGCAGACCCGUAGUAAGAAACCUACAGCCAGAGUUGUUGCUAAAGUACAGGAUUUGAGAGCAUGUAUGCAGAAAGUUAUAAAAACCCAUACGGAGUCUGAUGAUAACCUUUCUUACACUGAUACUCAAGAAGAUAAGGAAACUGUUACACCUGUUCUCUCUGAAGUGUGCAGUGAAUUUAUAACAAAAGCUGAGGUAUUCAGUAUAGGGGAAGCUACUGUUGACUCUAAGUACACUGUGAUGCAGGAAAAGGAAUGCAAUGGCUGUGUUUUGCAGUGCAAAGAAGAGAGACUGCAGACUACUGAUGAGUCAUGCAACCUUGUAGCAGCAGUCAAUAAAACCCUUCUGAAAAUUAUCCAGAAUGACAGUUUAGAUGAAGCUGCAGAAUGGAAGAGACUACAACAAAUUACAAGAGCAGACAAAAACCUACCAGGCUCAAUGUAUGACAAAAGAGCUACCGUACCCCAGGAGAGCAACAAAGGUUUGUUUUUAAAUCUGCCAAUACAUUUAAGAACUGAUAUUUCUCAGACAAGCACUAACAUUAAACCGGAAGAGAAAAGGCCGCUAUCACCCUCUUUAGUUGCUGUCUGUAAUGUUUUUAAUAAUUCAUAUUCAGGAUCCAAUGCACACAAACAAAUGUCACCUAUUCCUUCUCCUUUAUCUUCGAGAUUGCCUAGUCCACAGCUGCACCAUAGGAUUCUUCCACUACCUACACAGAACACCGAAAAAGAGUCUGUGUUGAAUGACUAUCGCAGUGGGAGACACGAUGCCACAAACCUCUCCUUUGCUAAUGAUUUGGAAUCACAGUUCUAUCUGAAGUUUUCUGAAUCUGGAGAAUUGGGAUUUUCUAUAAGACAACCAGGCCUACAUCAGCGCACAACUGGAGAGCAUUUGGAAAAAUGCACUAUCCAAGAAAAACUAACUACUCAGACACAGCAGCAGCUAUGUACAGGUAUUCCAGCAGAGACUGCUUUGAAAGACGACUUCACUGAACAACCAACUAAUAUAGAUGUCACAAACAGAGAUGAAGAUGUCUGGGUUUUGGGUUGCAGGUUGGGACAAUCUGUGCCAUUUGCAGAUUAUAAUGAGGGAGAAAGUGUCAACAGAAAUAUAUUGCACCUGAGGCUGGACCUGAAUCCUGACCUGAAUCCCUCAGAGCAAGAUGACAAAACUCCAGGGAAACUCCAGGCUGUCUGGCCACCACCUGAAAUCAAUGAUGGAAAAGAAAAAGUGGGGUUGAAGUACACUGAAGCAGCUCACCUAAAACUUUACAAGGAGGGACCACCAGAGUACCAUGCUGCAAUUUUGCAAUUAAAGAGGGAAAACAAGGAAGAAGUUGAAAACUUAAAGGAACACUUCAUGUAUUCAAUUCCUUUUAACUCCUGGGUGCAGUCUCAGUUUGAACUCCAGAUCUUUCAUAUUCGUGGAGAGCAUGCUGCAUCGAACACAAAGCUUGAGGAAACCAUUGCAAAUCUCAAGAAUGAACUGGAAAACAAAUUAAAUAGAAGAAAUGAGGAAGUAAAGGACGUCUGUGUAUCCACUGAAGAUGAUAACCCACCAAAGACAUACAGAAAUGUAUAUAUACAAACUGACAGAGAAACCUUCAUAAAGCCUAGUAAAGAGGAAAAUAUACCAGUGAAGAAUAACCAAAUGGUACCUAAAAAGCUUAAUAUUUCUUCUUUAAAUCAUAGUAUUUCUGCCCCAAAUGACAAUAAGGAACCAUGUCACUGUACACAGAUUUCAGAAAGUCUCGCAUCUUGUGAACAGAAACCAGUGUCAGUAUCUCUACUACCACCACCACCACCACCACCACCACCUCCACCUCCACCUCCUCCUCCUCCUCUUCCUGAACUUUCACUACCAGCUUUAGUUCCACCACCACCUCCCUUGUUACCAGAUUUGUCAUCCACUCCAUUGACAUCCCAGUUUGGAUCUGGGCCACUGCCACUUCCUUCAGGUUGUGGGAAUCUUCCGCCGCCGCCGCCACCACCACCACUCCCAGGUUUGGGGCCUCCUGGUCCACCUCCCCUGCCUGGCUCUGGGCCUCCUCCUCCACCGCCACCUCCUGGGUUCUUUUUCAAUAGCAUUCUGUCUUCAAACCAAGGUCCUCGAAAGCCUGCCAUUGAACCUAGCUGUCCCAUGAAGCCUUUGUACUGGACUAGGAUACAAAUCAAAGACAGCAGCAAAACAUCUAUACCAACUUUAUGGGACUCAUUAGAAGAACCUGACAUAGUUGAUCCUAGUGAAUUCGAAUAUUUAUUUUCCAAAGAUGCAGUUCAGGAAAAAAGAAAACGCUUAUCAGAGUCUUAUGAAAAGAAAACAAAGGCCAAAAAGAUUAUCAAACUGCUGGAUGGAAAGCGAUCUCAAACUGUAGGAAUUUUGAUAUCCAGUUUGCACCUGGAAAUGAGGGAUAUUCAACAAGCUACACUAAAUGUGGAUGACUCCAUAGUAGACCUGGAAACACUGGAAGCACUGUAUGAGAAUAGAGCGCAAAAGGAUGAACUGGAGAAAAUAAAGCAGUAUUAUGAGACUUCAAAGGAAGAGGAACUGAAGCUCUUGGACAAACCAGAACAAUUUUUGUAUGAGUUAUCCCAGAUCCCCAAUUUUGCAGAACGUGCCCAAUGUAUAAUCUUCCAAUCUGUUUUCUCUGAGGGGAUAACCUCAGUGCAUCGUAAAGUGGAUGUUAUUACUCGUGCUUCUAAGGAUUUGCUGGACAUAAGAAGUGUGAAGGAAAUUUUAGGCUUGAUUUUGGCUUUUGGAAAUUAUAUGAAUGGGGGGAACAGAACACGAGGUCAAGCAGAUGGAUUUGGUUUGGAAAUUCUUCCCAAACUAAAGGAUGUCAAGAGCAGAGAUAACGGUAUUAAUCUUGUGGAUUAUGUUGUCAUAUAUUACCUACGACACUUCGACAAGGACGCAGGAACAGACAAGAGUAUUUUUCCUCUACCAGAACCACAAGAUUUCUUCCAAGCCUCCCAAGUUAAGUUUGAAGACCUAGUAAAAGACUUAAGAAAACUGAAGAAAGAUCUAGAAGCCUGUGAAAAGCAGAUGAGAGUCGUUUGCAAAGAAUCUUCAGAACAGCAUCUCCAGCCCUUCAAGGAUAAAUUGGAAGAGUUUUUUCAGAAAGCUAAAGAAGAACAUAAGACAGAAGAGAGCUGUUUGGAAAAUGCACAAAAAAGCUUUGAAGAAACAGUGGGAUACUUUGGGAUAAAGCCAAAGUCUGGUGAGAAGGAGAUCACACCAAACUACGUUUUCACUGUGUGGUACGAGUUCUGCAGCGACUUCAAGACCAUUUGGAAACGAGAGAAUAAAAACAUUUCCAAAGAAAGACUGAAAGAGGCUCAGAAAUUCGUAAGCAAGUUAACUGAAGAGAAAAAGGUUGAAACAAAGAAAAUCAAUCCCACGGCUAGUCUGAAAGAAAAACUACGUCAGAAGGAAGCCAGUGUGACCACUAACUGAAAGAAGACACAUGAAAAUAAUGACAGUGUGACUUAAUACCUUGCAUGAUGCUUUACUAUGCCCAUGCCCCAGGGAGCACCUUAUGUUAAUGUUCUGCAGUUCUGCUUUUCUCAUCUCUUUCUGAGACAAUCCACUAAAGACUUUCCAAUCCCUUAUAAAGAGUUUGCUCAUUCAGUAGAGGGAACACUAAGAAGCUGUUUACAGAGGAACUAUGAAGGGUUUUAUAUAACUCUUCCUUACAUGGUUAAAAUGCAAUUCUUUUCUAAAUGGUUAUUUGAAGUACUUAUGCAUUGUGCACUAAUGCGGAAAAGAUAAAAACAGGAUUUUGGAUGUUGAUUUAAGUAACAGCUAACAACCUGUAUAUUGCUUACUUUAGCUUCAUGUAAAUUACCACAGAGGUACAGUUCAACUCAUGAGAGGCUAUUCUAUCGUAAGCUUUUAGACCUCAGGGCAACUGAGGGCAACUUUGAUUCUAAAUCAUUUUUGAUAGUCUAAAUAA